AUGAUUCAGGGCAUCUUUUUCGCUCGGUUUCUUUCCGAGAAAGGGACAAAAGUCGUGCACCAAAGCCCCCCAGGCUGCAUCGUCGCCGAGCCAGACGUUGAUAAAGCCCGGCUCUUCGAUUUCGAAGUCCUCGCUGAGUACAUCAUCCCCCGUCAAGGCUUCUGCAACCGCUUCGUCACCAUCUGCUGUCCGGAGAACAAGUACCGCAUCCUCGGCCACCCGGUCUGCAUUCAAGAUGAAAAGUACGCGCGCAAUGAGUUCAUGUUCAACUUCUGUAUCGUCAUCGGCGUCGAGGUCGACAAGACGCCUUAUGAAGCUGUGGUGCGCAGGCUCGCGACCACGUUUACCGAGAUGGAGAUCCAGAAUGAGUAUCUGAGUCAGGAGGGUGUGGCGACUUCGAGCUUGAAUGUGAAUGCGCAGGAGAGGAGAUCCAUUGCGGCUUUGAUCGAGAUCAUCAAGGAGGAUUUGAAUAAUUAUAACGAGUGCAUGAUACCCGUUGAUGAUGCAAAUACAAUCAACAUGAAGCUCUUCCCCGCCCACAGACACCCACCCCCCGUCAAAUCCUGGCACGUCCCCAUCUCCACCAUGAAAUUCUCCGUGAUCAUCGACGACACCUGGGACCUGACCAUGAAGAAAGUGAUCCAGCAAAUCGACGGCAUCAAAGACGUCCGGCGCAUCGCCCACGACGCCGACGUCGCCCUCGACCUGACCAAAAUCGCCCUCCAACACUUGCUGUACUACGACUCGAUCCUGCUGCUCGAUCUGUUUCUCUUCAGCAAUAUAUACGCCCCGACGCCGGGCGUCAACGACUUCGUAGCGGACAGAGACGGCCUGCAGGACGAGUGUGCCAACUACGUGUACAUCAACGGACCGCGCCUGCCGAACUUCUACCUCUGCCGCCUGUUCACCUCGCUCGCGACCUCUCGGACCGUCAAGGAAUGGCUGAAGCUGCACAUCGAUCAAGGCUUUCCCGUCCUCAAUUUUGUCGACGUCCGACGCUUCAUCCAAUUCGGCAUCAUCAAGGGACUCAUCUACCGCGUCCACAAGUACGCCGUCUCGCCGGCCUACGUGAAAUCACUGGUCACGGGGAGGAACAAGGUGGGCGGUGCGGAUCUCAUGCUGAAGUACCUGAACGGGUGUCAUUCUUUCGAUCAGAUCGUGACGGAGAAUAACAUCGGCGAGCCGAAGAUCAGGGAGCACUUGCGCAAGAUCGCUGACGUCGAUAUCAUCUACCGGUGA